AUGUCUCAACAAGAUGUCGAUUUCAAGACUAUCGAUGGUCUCACUCUUCGAGGUCGAAUGUAUAUCGCCUCGAAUCGAGGACCUGGUAUUGUUAUGAGUCCCGGGUUCAAUGGUGUGAAAGAGAUGGUGGGCUUGCCUAACGUGGCUCUAGCCUUUCAGCAGUCCGGAAUCACAGUGCUCAUGUAUGACCCACGAACCACUGGGCUUAGCGAUGGCGAGCCGCGCAACAACAUCGACCCCUUCACGCAGAUAGACGACUAUUCGGAUGCGCUGAGCUUUCUGGCUGCUCAUCCCAUGGUGGAUCAGGCCCGCAUGGGGAUUUGGGGCAUGUCUCUUUCUGGGGCUGUGGCACUAGCCUGUGCAGCAGUUGACCCACGCGCCCGCUUCGUCGUCGCCGUCUGUCCAGCUUCGGAGUAUUCUUUCGCACAGGCCAAGAUACCCAGCGUACUUGGCAAGAUUGCGAAAGAUCGGGAGUCCCAACUAAAGGGGAACACUCCGUUCUAUCUCCCGAUGCUCAACAGAGCGGGCGAGAAUCCGGCUGGGUUCAAUCUGGGCAUUGACAAGGACGCCGCUCUGCGCAUCGUCAGCGCACAGGAUGAUAAUAUCCCCACUCGCCAAGCAUUGGCUGCCAAUCAUGUCAAUAGUACGACCAUCCAGUCUUAUCGCAAGCUCCUAAUGUGGAGUCCAGCUCCGAUUUACAGGCAUCUGGCUGUGCCGGUGAUGUUUGUGGUCCCGGCGUUGGAUCAGCUCAUCCCUGCUGCAGGACAACAGGAGACGUUCGAGAGUCUCCCGGGAACCAGGAACCAAAUCCACGUGGAACAUGGAAUAGGCCACAUGGAUGUUCUUGAGGGGGAGCAUUUGCCGGAUUUGAUGAAGCGGAAGUUGUUGUUCAUCCAGGGGGUUGUAGGCUAG